AUGGCGGCACCGGCCUCAAUUUCUCUCCUCGGACCACCGGAAAUCUACCCGGCAACCCCCGCCCCCUCCGCCACCGCCACCGCCACCGCCACCGCCACCGAUCCCACAACCGCCGCCGCAGGAUCGUACGUGGAUGUCCUUGUAGCGAACUUGAACGGUGUGGCGAUUGGCCGAAAUCAAAACCUUCCGAUGGGUCUGACGGAGAAUUUCUCGCCGACCUUCCUCUCGACGGGGAACCCCUGCCUUGAUUUCUUCUUCCACGUCGUCCCCGACACGCCGCGGGAGACCCUGGUCGAGCGUCUGAAGCUCGCGUGGGAGCAGGACCCACUGAAGGCCCUGAAGCUCGUCUGCAACCUCCGUGGGGUGCGGGGCACCGGGAAAUCAGACAGAGAAGGCAGCUACACGGCGGCGCUCUGGCUGCACGAGAACCACCCCAAAACCCUAGCCCGCAACAUCGACUCGCUGGCGAAUUUCGGCUACUUCAAAGACCUUCUCGAGAUUCUAUUCCGGGUUCUCGAAGGCCCCGACGCCCGGCAGAAGGCCAAGGAGGCGUACGAGCAGUGGAAGCAGAGGAAAGAGACAAAGGAGAUGAAGAAAUUGUAUGGCAAAGACUAUUUUGGUGGCCGGAGAAGGUUCGUUGGCGGAGUGAAGAGGAGCAACAAAUCGAAGAAGGAGAAAAUCGAGCCAACCUUGAGCCGAGAGGAGAAGAGAAUCCUUCGUGCGAAAAGGGUUGUCGAGAGGUUUAACAGAGACCCCGACUUCAAAUUCCUGCACAACUGCAUGUCGGACUGUUUCGCACAGUUCCUGAGGUCGGACAUGGAGAUGCUGAACUCGGGGCAUCUCAACAAAAUCAGCUUGGCCGCGAAAUGGUGCCCUUCUAUCGACUCCUCCUAUGAUCGGAUCACGCUUCUCUGUGAGACAAUCUCGAAAAAGGUAUUCCCGAGAGCCGAGUAUCCGGAGUACGAAGGAGUGGAGGAGGCCCACUAUGCGUAUCGAGUGAGGGACCGUUUAAGGAAGGAAGUGCUCGUUCCUCUUCGUAAAGCCCUGGAGCUGCCGGAGGUUUACAUUGGGGCCAACGAUUGGGGUUCCCUCCCUUACAACAGGGUGGCCUCGGUUGCCAUGAAAACGUACACACGCUUAUUCUUCAAACACGACGAGUCGAGGUUUCGGGAGUAUCUCGACAAGGUAGAGAGAGGUGAAGCCAAGAUUGCAGCUGGUGCCUUGCUUCCGCACGAGAUAAUUUCUAGCCUGGAUGAUGGCGGCCAGGUGGCGGAGCUUCAGUGGAGGAGGAUGGUGGAUGACAUGGCGAAGAUUGGGAAGUUGAAUAACUGUUUGGCAGUAUGUGAUGUGUCUGGGAGUAUGUCCGGGAUUCCAAUGGAGGUAUCGGUGGCUCUUGGGCUUUUGGUGUCUGAAUUGAGUGAGGAGCCUUGGAAAGGGAAAGUGAUUACUUUCAGCGAAAGACCCAAGCUUCAGACAGUCAAGGGUUCCAACCUGAAAGAGAAGACUGAGUUUGUGAGGCGUAUGGAAUGGGGUUGGAACACGAACUUCCAGAAGGUGUUCGACUUGCUGCUUAAGGUGGCGGUGGACGGGAAAUUGAAGCCAGAUCAAAUGAUCAAGAGGGUGUUUGUUUUCAGUGACAUGGAAUUUGACCAGGCGUCUAUGAACCCGUGGGAGACUGAUUAUGAGGCGAUUGUGAGGAAGUAUGGUGAGAAGGGUUAUGGGGAAUGUGUGCCGGAGAUUGUGUUUUGGAACUUGAGGGACUCACGGGCUACACCGGUGCCGGCAAACCAGUCGGGGGUGGCGCUCGUGAGCGGGUUCUCGAAGAAUCUGAUGAAGUUGUUUUUGGAGGGAGGUGGGAUUAUAGAUCCUGUUGUGGUCAUGGAAGCUGCCAUUGCUGGGGAGGAGUAUCAGAAGCUUGUGGUGGUAGACUGA